AUGCUGGUCAAUAAAAUUGGGACGAAAUUGAAAGACGAUUUAUGCCUGAAAGAAAUUUCGAAUUGCCAUAACAAAAGUCAUUGCAAACGAAAAUUACCAAAAAAGAAACUUUCCUUCAAAUCCCACAUCUAUUUUCACUCGACUAAACUCGUGUCUGUUCUUAUACAUGCAGAAAUAUUUAUGGACUCUCAUAAACGUCAUGUAUUUGUGCAACAAGGUGAUGAUGUUUAUAAACGAAUAAAAGUGGUCAAUAUCGAAGUAUGA